GUUCCAUAAUUAAUUGUGGCAAAGCCGCUUGGAAGAAGGUGGUGCCAUGCCACAUGCUACCGCGCAGAAAAGCAAGCGGGUGCAUUCAUAAAUGUGGAGACAGAACCGCACGUGACCAACUGGCAUGGUCUGUGCAGCUACUAGCACUGAGCAUUGCAAUGCUGCUGAUAAGCGCCAAAAAAACCCCAACAUCCACAUGCACCCGUGUGCAUGUUUACGCCUUUAACUUGUCAGUCUGA